UUUUUUCUCGCUUUCCGCUUAGUUUUCAUUUGGAGCUCCAGUUAUUAGCAGUUUUCAAGUUCAAUCGAAUAGAAGCGCGGUGCGGUGUUUUCCGAGCUGUGCACCUUUAGUCGCAAGUGUUUUGAUAUCUGAGCGAGUGAAUUUUAUCGUUAAAAUCGUGACCGCAAUCGGCUAAAUUGGUGUAACAGGAGGGAGUGAUCGUGCGGUUAAGAACGUGUCCAAACUUCUUUCUCUCUGUCUCCUGUUUUUCAACUCUUUAUUUUCGCUCUCGCGAUCUUUGCUGACUCUUUUAAUUCGUCGUCAUAUCACAUAGUUCUUGUGCGUUUUUUUGGUUGCGUGGCCGACUUUGUUUUUGUUUACUGUAACUGUUUAUACGAGUGAGAGCUUCGAAGCGGAUGGAGUCAGCUGUUUGUGAUUACGACACGAUCGUCACUAUAUGUGCGAAUUUAAGAUACCAAUGAAGUCAGUGUUUGUGUGCGUUGAAGUGUGUUAUUGAAAAGGCAAUCAAAACUUAUCAAAUUGUUGAUAAAAAAAUUUCAAGCGGAAAAAUAAAUUCCAAACCGCCCAAGUGUGACGAUAGCUUGCGUCACGAGAAGUGCAACAGCGAAGAGUGAGAGGAGGACCCCGGGAAGUAAACGCUGCGAAAAAUAUCAAUCUUCGAUAAUUAAAAGCAAGCAACACAACACGAGGAAGCACAAAUAAAAAUUGAAUGGAAGUUUAUGUGUGCAGAAUUUAAAGCAGUUUUUCUAUGAAUCGUCGAAGUGAAGUGAAGUGAAGUGAUACACCUUCGCAGCUGAAUGGUAAAAGCAAUAUAAUUAAUUAAACUUCAGUUUGAAGUGCUCCGUCCUCGCUCGCGUCCCAUCUACGUUUUAUCCGUUUGGGCUUGGUUUUGUCGCUGCACUGAAAUCGAAGAGUACUACGGAAAUUUUCCCUUCUGCUACAAGUUAUUAGAGUUAUUGGAUUCUGCUUUUGUGACUCUCUCUCUCUCCGUCUCUGAAUACCGGAGGACGCUGUGUGACGAUUGGUUCCCUUCUGGGCUGGUGCACAGUACAGUCACAGUACCAGCGGCGUCAUCCACAGCACAUCUACAAAUCGGAUCAGUGAAUUGGAAUGUCAUUGAAGAAAGAAACCUUAUCAGAUGUACAGCUGCACUUGGCUGCAUUACGCGGAGACGAAAUGUUGCUGAAACGAGUUUUGGAUAGCGGCAAGGUGCAUGUGGACUGCCGUGACGAGGACUACACAACGCCACUAAUUUUGGCUGCCGCAGGAGGACACACAGCCUGCGUCAUAGAACUGUUGGAGCAAGGAGCGGACCCCAACGCGAGACGAGUUACCGGGACGACGGCGCUUUUCUUCGCUGCCCAGGGCGGUUACGUGGACGUUGCUAGGAUACUGCUCAAAGCCGGAGCACCAGUGGACUGUUCCUCGGUUGAUGGUGGUACGCCACUGUUCGUCGCCUGUCAGGGCGGUCACGAGAACAUGGUUAGCGAGCUGCUCAGCUAUGGAGCCGGCGUUCAUGCCUGCAUGAAGGACCGUGCCACGCCGCUUUUCAUUGCCGCUCAAAAUGGCCACAACGCAGUCCUGAAGCUGCUGCUGGCUGCCGAUGCCCAACCGGACACUCCUCGCAACGAUGGUGCCACCCCCCUGUGGAUCGCUUCUCAGAUGGGUCACGACCACAUCGUUAAAAUCCUUCUGCUGCAUGGAGCCUACGUCGAUGCUGUCCGAUGCGAUGGCGCCACCGCGCUCUUCAAAGCCGCCCACAAGGGUCACAGUUCGGUGGUCCAUGAGCUGCUAAAAUACCGUCCAAAUCUGGGACUGAUUCCGAAUGGCGAAACCGCUCUGCACGCGGCUGCUCUUUUCGGGCAUCUGCCUAUUGUGAAGCAGCUAAUUGCUGCCGGUGCCGAAAUCUCCAUCAAGAACCAGGAAGGGCUAACGCCUCUGCAGAUCGCCCGUCAGCAAAAGUAUCACGCCGUCUAUCAGUAUCUGAAAGAUCGCGAGCACUACCUGCGUCAUCAGAGCGCCUCGGUGGGCGGCGGCAAGGGUCUGGUUACGGCAGUCACGACCACGGGAACGACCAGCAGUAGCAGUGCGGUCGCGAUCACCAGCUAGGCGGAGGAGUUUGUUGCCGAUUGGGGCAACAAUGCCAGUUGAAGCAGCAACAUUUUUGUUUGGGUUGUUAUCGUUUCCCGCACAUGUUAUUAUUAUUAUUAUUGCAUCCUAUGCCUGUUCCGGCCUUGAUUCCAGCCAGUCAGCAGUGUCUCUCGAAAUAAUGUCGUUAAAGCUGUUUAUAACGUGUUUUUUUUAGAUUGUUCGCCUUUCUCGAACGCCACGCACAUAUUCACUAUACUACCGCUGCUCUUGUGCUAAGUUGUAGAUGGAAUGUCGUGUAUAAUUUAUUCAAUGCAACAGAUUAGAAAUUAGACUAACAAAUUAGAGGUAAUAAAAACACUAGGGAAAUUCCUUUCGCAGCGCAGUAUGAUUGAGAUGUGGCGCUGAGUGGUGGAGAUUUGGUUUUACUCCAAGGAAAUCAAUAAUUAACCAACUGCAAGAAAAUCACACACCACCAUCGGAUUAUAAUGAGAAGCCGCUUUCAGCAGCAGAAGAAAGCUUAAGGCACACUCGGACGAAAAAUAUCAUUGAUGAAAGUUAAGGUUUGAAAACGCGUGAAGGCAGCCGAAAAUGGAGAAAAGAAGGUUAAAGCAUAAUCUUAAUCAAAUGUCAAAACAUUUAAUUAUUGAUUAACAAACGAGAGGUCAGAACACUAAUUUGCUGGAGAGCGUGCAUGCGGUAUAGUGAUUAGGGUGAUAUGCACUUAGCCCGACAAAAAAAAAACAAUGUCAGAUAGUUUUCAAGUUUAAUGUACAAGCAGUAUAAGCACCAAUCUCUGCAAUAAUAGUGCAUAUCAUCCUGCAUCGCCAUCCACCUGCCACGCAGGGAACCAAUAAAACGCUAGAAUCUCCCUCUGACGAAAUAAUCCUACCAGUAUACAAGCAAGCCCAUAAACCAGUGAAAUCCACUAAUAAAUACCUAGACAACAUAUAUCUCUGAUAAGUAUGCAAAUAUAGCCAGUGCUUCUAAAAAAAAAAAACUAACCCAUUCGACGCACAGCAGCCAACAACCGUUCGAUUUUGAUUUGUAUCGAUCGCACGCGACUGCAGUCUCUCGCAGCCAAUACAGUAGCCAUGUAGUCCUACGGAAAAGAAGAAAAAGUAAUAGAUAAAGCAUAGAAAACGAGAAAAGCUUUCAAUAUUAGUAGUUAUGCGUCUGUAGAUAAUAUAUCGAUGAUUUCUUUAUGAAUAAGUUGAUUCGCUUUUUGAUUGAUACGCAGCAAAGCCUAGGUGAUUGUUAUCGUGUUAAAGUUAUGACGUCGAAGGCGCCCUUUCCCUCGCUUCUUGUUGUUGCUGUUGUUAUUUAUAGUCGUAGUUUGUACCUUUUACCCAGAAGACCCAGUUUCGGGCUGGCGUUUCAUUGAUUGCUCCCUAAAGCUAGACGAUAAAUAUUUUGAUAGAUUAGUAGGAAGUGAUUCUUGCGCUCGGCAACCAACGACGAGCAGUUGAGAGACGAUGCGAGCUCAAAUAUAAAUGUUAAAUAGUAAUAAACUUUGAACGAGCACUCCGUUACAGACUCACUCACGCAAUGAAUCGCGCACGCAAAUGCAGCACAAAUAUACGAAUAAAAAAAAAAUACUGCACAAUCGAAACAAUAAAAAUCAAGUUCGACUGAAA